GACGCAGCCUGGGUACCCAAUGGGGGCCAGGCUCUGCUGUCUCCAGCCCCAGGAGCGGUGGUGGGCCUGGGGCUGGGUGCCGGGGGCAGCAGGCUGGGCAGUGACUGGGUCACACUGCACAGCACAUCUUGGGGUAAGGCUGCUGCCCAGAGCCAGCUCCACACCUUUCCCUCUCCCUUAUCCCAUAUCAGGCAGGAUUUGGGGGUCUUGUUCAUGCUCCAACCCCGUGCUAUCCUGGGGGCUUAGAGACCAUGACCUGCUGUUGUUCUCACAGGAUCCAAGGUGCUGGUGUCUUGCCCUGCCUGGAGCGUGAGGUCCUGCGUGCUCAUCCGCCUCCCGACGUCACCAAUGCGACCAUGGGAACUGGCAGUGAAUAGGCGGCCUCCCUCUGCCCCUUUUAACCAACGUCGUUUCUCAGGGGGACCCUGCAGCAGCCCUGACCACCUCCGGCGAAGCCCCCCUGCCAGGCGUCAGUGGGGACGACGCGACCGACCUCUGGCAACCCUGCUGGGCCAGGAUGAGACCCAGCUGCACCCUGCCUUCCCCCAGCAGCCGCACAUCCCUGUAGAUGAGCCCCGCGCCUACGCUCUCCCCAGCACACCGCCACGAAUGCUGCACCCGGCCGCUCACCCACCCCACCAGAACCCAUUCAUGGUGGAUCUUCAUGACCAGGUGCACCAGGGACCUGUCCCUCUCUCCUACACGGUCACAACCGUCACGACGCAAGGCUUCCCCAUCCAUACCAGCCAGCACAUCCCUGGGUGCAGCACCCAGCAGCUCCCAGCAUGCUCAGUGAUGUUCAGCGGACAGCAUUACCCGCUCUGCUGCCUCCCACCCCCGUUGAUCCAGGCAUGCGCCAUGCAACAGCUCCCAGUCUCCUACCAGACGUUCCCUCCAAUCAUCUCCAGCGACCAUUACAUCCUGCACCCGCCCCCGCCGCCAGUGCCCCCCCACCAGCCGCCCCACAUGGCUCCCUUGGGGCAGUUUGUGCCUCUCCAAGCCCAGCACCCACGAAUGCCCCUGCAGAGGAUAGACAAUGAUGUGGACCUGCGAGGGGAGCAGCACCCCAUUGCUGGCUUCACAUACCCCCCGUCCCACCAUGCUCCCACGCUCUCCCCCUCCGUGCCGCUGCAUUACCUCCCCCACGACCCGCUGCACCAAGAGCUGCCAUUCGGCGUGCCAUACCCCCACAUGAUGCCCCGGCGGCUGAAC